GCGAGCGGGGCCGGGGCGGGGAUCCGGGCCGCGACCGAAGCGGCGGCGGUAGCAGCGCCCCGGGCCCGCCGCCCCCUCCCCUCCGGCGAGGGGAGCCGCUGCAUGGGGCCGGGGGGGCGGCCCUGCUGCGCGGAGCGGCGGCGACGGCGGAGGACCCCCCUGGCGGGCUGGGGCUGAGCCCGGGGCCGGGGCUGGGGCUCCGGGGGGACCAUGCCCGGAGGCCGGCCGGCCGCAGCAUGGCUCACGGGCCCGGCGCGCUGAUGCUCAAAUGCGUGGUGGUCGGCGACGGGGCGGUGGGCAAGACGUGCCUACUCAUGAGCUAUGCCAACGACGCCUUCCCCGAGGAGUACGUGCCCACCGUCUUCGACCACUACGCAGUCAGCGUCACCGUGGGGGGCAAGCAGUACCUCCUGGGACUCUAUGACACAGCUGGACAGGAAGACUAUGAUCGUCUGAGGCCUUUAUCUUAUCCAAUGACCGAUGUCUUCCUCAUAUGCUUCUCUGUGGUAAAUCCAGCCUCAUUUCAAAAUGUGAAAGAGGAGUGGGUGCCAGAACUUAAGGAAUAUGCACCAAAUGUACCCUUUUUAUUAAUAGGAACUCAGAUUGAUCUCCGAGAUGACCCCAAAACUUUAGCAAGACUGAAUGAUAUGAAAGAAAAACCUAUUUGUGUGGAGCAAGGACAGAAACUCGCAAAAGAGAUAGGAGCAUGCUGCUAUGUGGAAUGUUCAGCUUUAACCCAGAAGGGACUGAAGACUGUUUUUGAUGAGGCUAUCAUAGCCAUUUUAACUCCAAAGAAACACACAGUAAAAAAAAGAAUAGGAUCAAGAUGUAUAAACUGUUGUUUGAUUACGUGAGAAACAUCUUCAGUGGCCAAGGAAACUGUUCAUUUCUCUCAGAAGGCAUAUGAAAUGUGCUACUGCUAUACUCACACCUCUUACAGAUAAUGGAGCAGUUUAAAACUUGAAAGAAAAAAACAAACCUGUCCUCAGAAUUCAUAGAAUUUAAGAAUGUUUCUUAAAGGUCUAAGAAGCAGCAAACAGCAUCUGAAGCCACAAUCUAUUAUAAAUACUUUAUUUCAAUUAGAAGGUACAAUCUCUCAGGGGUUUCAUAGUUUAAAAAGCUACAAUCACAUCAUGUUGUAACUACAUAAAAAAAAAAACAGUGCUGUAAAUGGAACUGCUUGGCUUUGACCAUAUACAUUUCUGCACAGCCCUUAUGGAAUCUGCACAAAGAAAUAUCUUCUCCCUUUGCCCCAAUUAAUUGUUCUUGUAUGUUAGUUGCUUUCUAUUCCAGUAUAUCCAGAGUGGUGAAAUAACAAGGCCAGCUGUGUAGCCAAAGGUCGCUCCAAGUGUACAGGAGAUGGGCCAUACCUGAGGAGAGGAUGUAUGAGAUCAAAAAAGAACAAAUGUUUCUUUAUUACUUGAGCACAAGUUAAGUGUAACCUAAAUAUUUCUAUAUUAAAGCUUAAUGUGCUUUCUUAAUGCCAAAAGUGUAAUAAGGUCAUAACUGCUUUUAUCAUGAACACUAAAAUAUGUACACAUUUUAGUUAAUGUGCAUUAAACUAUAACAAGGCUUCUGGCAAUUGUAGAUUUAGUUUGAUGCUCCCCAAACUGCAUGACAUACAUGCUAAAAUGACAAGUUAAAAUUUUGGGUCACACUUUGCCAUAAUCAUGAACUCAAUUUAGCUCUCUGAACUGGUUGGUAAAUUUUAAAAAAUUCCCACAUUGGCUGUGUACAUCAAAUGAAAUGCUGACCAAACCUCUUUAAAUUGUGUUAAAGAGGAAAGACCUAGAAUUCGAGCAUGUUACAUGGAAUUUAUAACAGAGCAGCUGCUUCUGUAAUAAAACUGAUGUCACCUUUCAGAUAUAGAUAUUGGCACCACAGCAAAGUGAUAGAACUACAACUUAUGGACAUACUUAGAGUGUAAGUUAAAUGAAAUACUGGCUUCCUAAUACCCAUUUUCUCCAGCCAUAUUACAUUUCACAAUAUUACAUCAAGCCAGAAGUAAAUAAUAUUGAUUUAUUUCAUCCAUGAGCAGUGCAUCGUGUUGGUUCCUAGGCAAAAGUCUCUGCUUAUGAAAAAAAAAUCGGCAACAAAUUUUCAUGUUCAUCUGUGGAGUUUACUUGCUGUACUGGAACCAUUUCUAAUCUUUCUCUGGGGGAACAGGCUAUAGAACUGGGUUAGAGGUGAAACGUCUUAAUUACUAGUUCUAUUACCUAAUUCAGCUUCCUUGUUUGGUCUGCUGUGGAUCUGCCUUAUUCCAAAUGCCAUGCAACAGACAAUAGUGUUAGGUAAAACUCUGUGUGAACAACCUAAUGCAGUUUAAAGAUGCAUAGUCUAAUCCAUACAUUUUUUUUCCAGCCUUUCCUACAUUUAAACUUGUGGUUGCCUAAGUUAUGAUUUCUUUAUGUCUUUGGUGGGCUUCUGUUAACUUCCAUGACUUGAGUUUAUAGCUAUGCCUAUUGCAUAGAUUGGGUAAUGGAACACUAAACUUUUAUACUUGAAAAUGACAGCCUUAAAUGCUCAUAUCAGUCACAAAUAUAGGAUGUACUGUCUUGUAUGUGAGCUUUGUAGAGAUUUUUUUAAAAUAUAAGUAUCCUCUUCCCGACUGAAGAGUGGAGAGUCUACUGGAUAACUAGUCAGGAGAUUUCUCUCUGAACUGUACAUUAUUGGAUGUCAUCUUUCUCCUAAGAAGUGGUGGUUUUCACAUUAAGUAUUAUGGCCUUAUGUAUGCUCAAAUGGAAUCUUAUGUAACUUUCUCAUUUAAUUUUGGUCUGCUAUUUCUAGACAGAAUUGAAAGGAACUGUAUAAAUCAAUUAACAUAUUAGCUAAGUUGUCCAAUACAUGGUAUAAAGGGAUUAAGACAGUAAAGUAUUAUACAUUUCCAACUGGCCUUUGGGGAUUUGAUGGGGAUUUUCUUUUUUUUUUUUUUUCCCCAAAUUCACAUC